UUUUUUGUCUCUUUGAAUUGUAAAGCUUUUGUAAACCUCAUAGGUGGUUUGUCAUAAGGAAAGAAAUCAGUUAAAUCAGUUUAUGUUGUUGAGAUAAGAUUGUGAUAGUAGACACAUCAUAAGUACCGCUGAGUUCUGACUUGUUGUUGCAGUUAAGAUGGCUACACGAUGGGGCAUUGCGAGCGCAGGAAAGAUCUCCUCAGACUUUGUAACUGCCAUGAAAGCCCAGAAGGAUGACCAUCGUGUGGUUGCUGUCGGGGCUCGAUCGCUGGCUGAUGCCCAGGCUUUUGCUAAGAAGUAUGGGGCUGAAAAGUCUUAUGGAUCCUAUGAGGAGUUAUCUAAGGACCCUGAUGUAGAGAUUGUGUACAUUGGCACAAUUCACCCAUUCCACUUGCCAGUGGCUAAACUGAUGAUCAAUGCUGGAAAGCACGUUUUGUGCGAAAAGCCCCUGUGCAUGAAUGUGAAGGAGACGAAGGAGCUAGUUGUCCUUGCUCGCCAGAAGAAAGUCUUCCUGAUGGAGGCUGUAUGGUCUAGAUUUUUCCCAGUGUACAAGGAAAUGAUGAAGAGAAUAAAUGCUGGUGAAAUCGGAGAAGUCGUACAGGUAUUCUGUUCUUUUGGCCAUCCUUUAGAGAAUAUUCAACGUGCUGUGAAAAAAGAGCUCGGAGGUGGGGCUACAUUGGAUCUAGGUGUUUACUGCGUCCAGUUUGCUUCACUAGUCAUGGGGGGUGAGAGGCCAGAGAAGGUGGUGGCUGCUGGUCAUCAGAAUGAAGAAGGUGUUGAUGCAACAACAAGUGCCACUCUGAUCUACUCCAAGGGAAGGGUUGCUACUCUGAACUGCUCAAUUCGGUGCGAAUUACCGUGUGAAGGCAUUGUCAUUGGCACAAAGGGUACUCUGAAGGUGUCGCAUCCAGUCUGGAGUCCUGUACACAUGGAAACUCCAUCAGGAAGUUUUGAUUCACCAUUACCAGACUUGGGACAUAGUUAUAACUUCAAACACGGGCAAGGGAUGAUGUAUGAAGCUGCAGAAGUGAGGCGAUGCUUGCAGGAAGGCUUGCUUGAGAGUCCCACCAUCACCCUGGAAGAAACUCUGAUAUUGGCUGAAAUCAUGGAGUCAAUGAGGAAGCAAGUUGGAGUCGCAUACCCACAGGAUGCAUAAUCAGGAAGAAGCAGAGUGUCGUAAGGUUAUUUUAUGGAUGUUUUGGGACAAAUUUUAAAGGAGUUUGUCAUCUAAAUGACUUAGUUGUCAUAUUUUUUUAUGGAGACAAAAUUUAUUUUAAAUUUUAUUCAGUUUUCUUGGAAGGAAUAUGAUUUUCUGUAGUACAUGUAUUAUUAUACUUUUGCUUCAAUGUAGUAAAGUCUAUUUUAUGUAAACAUUUAAUUAUGUAAAUUAUCGUAACACCAUUCUGUGCCUUUCUUUGUAAAUGGUGAGAUAAUACAUGCAGUUGAAAAUGAA